AUGGAGGAGGAGUUGGAGACGUUAUGUGGAAAAAUAUCACUGACGGAGGGUGAGAAGGUUGGCCUGAAAAUCUGUGAAGGGGAGAUUGCAGAAGGCCGGGCAAAAGGUGCACGGUGUUUGGUGGGUAAAAUAGGAGGAGAGCGUAGGGUGAAUAAGGAGGCUUUCAGAACAGUAUUGUCUCGGAUAUGGCGGUUGUCGGGUUCAGUAACUUUCAAGGAGAUCCAGGAUAAUAUCUGGUUAUUUGAAUUUGAGGAGUUAUACGAUAAAAGAAGGGUGCUUGAGGGCAGGCCUUGGUCUUUCGACCGACAGAUUCUGGUUUUGCAUGAUUUUGACGGGAGCACCCCGCCAUCGCAGAUGGACUUUUCUCAUUCCCCAUUCUGGAUUCAAAUUCAUGAGAUGCCUUUAUUAUGCAUGACUAAGGCGGUAGCUAGCAAGAUUGGAGCAUCACUAGGCACAGUUGAGGACAUUGAUAUAGCAGGAGAUGGAGUGGGGUGGGGCAGAUGCCUUCGUAUACGGGUUAUUAUUAACCUACGUGCACCAUUGGAGAGAGGAAGGGCAUUGCAGGUCGAGGGGAAGUCAUAUUGGGUGAUUUUCAAGUACGAGAAGCUUCCUAUGAUGUGUUUCGAUUGCGGCAGAAUUAUGCAUGGGCCUAAAGGGUGUCCGGUGAUGGUGAAUCAUAGGAGGAACUCUGAUGGCAGACUAAAGGAGUGGGGCGUGUGGCUGCGGGCUGAAGACAACCGGAGGAAUAGUGGUGGAGACAGGGGUGGAGGAGCCACCCGACCGACUGACAUGGGCAAUGACGGCGGUUCUACUGCAAAGGGAUGGGAGAAUAAGGCAACUCGCGCUAAAUCAGGAUACCCUAGUCGUUCUAGCAAUUCAGAAGAGGGGAGUAGCAGCAAAUGUGCAGAUUCUUCCUAUAUGGAGGUCGAGGGAUUGGCGGGGGGUGGUGACGUUAUGCUGGAUUCGCGGAGGACUGAUGGGGAUUUCUCUCUUUACGUUGGUGACCUGGACGUAAAUACACGCAUGGGUCCUAAGAAUGAUUUGAGCGUGGAUGAAGCGGCGGUUACAGCAAAGAAAGGAAAGCCUAGAGAGGUGCCUAAGCAGGUCCAUGUGGCGACGGACAGUAAUAGCUCCAUGCAAAGGGCCAGCCCGACAAGUGGGCCCAAUGGGAAGGAGGUGGCUGAGGUAACAUGUCACAGCCCAGCAAUUUUAGAAGACGUGGUGACUCACUCUGCUGCGAUGGGCAAGGCAGAAAGUGGGCCAGUUACUAAUGUAGGGAUGGGAGGGACACAGACUAAUUUGAGGAGAUGGAAGAGGCGAGCUAGAGUACCAGAAGAGGACAGGGUGAGUGUUUCCCAUUCGGAUGCUAAUAAGAGAAAGACGCCCACCAAAGGAGAGGGGACAGCAGAGGUUGAGAGAUUGAAGAGAAUUUGCAAAGGGGUUGGGGCGAAGCAGACGGUUGACUUAAAGAUGGCGGAGACUGCUAAGCAGCUCCGCCAACCCAAAUGA